UCAAUUGUCUUCUACAGUCAGCAAGCUCAGUAGAACGCCCGGGUCCAUUUAGGCCAAAUUCGGUCUGAAAGCUCUUACAUUUUCCUCGUAAAAAAACCUUAUUUGAAGGAUCUAGACCUAGAAAAUUUGUCAGGACAAAGUUAAGUCAUCAGUGAGGACAUAUACCUAAAGGUAGUUGACAAGUCAACAAAGAACAAAAGAAAACAUGUAUUGCUAACAAAGACAAGACAAAUAUGACAGUCACGUCUCUUUUAAGCCCAUCUUGCAAGGAAGUUGUCACUUCACCUUUAAAGCUUGACCCACCAUACCAAGUCUCAUGCAGCAUAAAUAACACAAAAACAGCACAUCAACAUGAUCACAACAAAGAGCCUAGGCAACCUAGUGUGACUUUUAAGUCUGAUAAACAGUCUCUCUCUCUAGUAUUUUCUAAUUGUAGAUUAAAAGAUAUAGAAAAUAAUGACAGUUUAUUAGAUGUAGAUGUUACAAAUUUUACAAAGAAUGCAAGUCGCGGGAGACGUAGGAGUGAAGAUAAACGCUCAAAGUCAAACAGGCAAUCAAGCAAUGGGCAGAACCGGGGCAAAAGAGGUUCCAGGGCAUAUCAGAAUUUUGACAACAAUUCUAGUAAUGGAAACUCAGGAGGUGAUGGCAAUGGAGAGGAUAAUGAUGACAGCAAUGAUGACGAUGAUGAUGAGUAUUUAGACGAUGAUGAGGAUGAAGAGGAGGAAGAAGAGGAUGAUGAUGACGAUGAUGAUGACGAUAAGAAUGAUGAUGACGACGAGGAUGAUGCAUCAUCUUGCAUCAGUAGUAAGGAGAGAACUAACAGCCUUGGCAACAGCAUGGAUGAGAAGUUGUUGUGUGCGUUGCAAGCUGCAGGUGCGACUGUUGACGCAACUGUUGCUGCUGAGAAUGGUCCUGUUGCCGCUGGAACACCUAUUACAUUACAAGGAAUUUUGUGCCAUGAAGCUCUUCCAGGAGGCGUUCUUGUGGUCAAUGUGAAGUGGCGGAACAAGACGUACUGUGGGUCCUUGAUAGACUGCAGUAAGCAUUCAUGGGCCUCACCAAAGUUUCAGUCGUCUGAUGGCGUUGGAUACCAAAGUAAGAACCGUCGAUGCAAAAACAACGCCAGGAAUGACAUGAAAGGAAAGGGGAAGAGACUUCGGAGUAACUCCAUUAACAACACAGAGAGUCCCUCCAAGGACAGCAUCAAUGACUCUCCACUCAAACAAAAACUUCGUGGCCGCAAAAAGACCAUCUCUGGCAGCUCCACCGGUAAAGGCAAUAGCUUUCGCACCAUCGGCAACAAGCGAAAAGGCAAGAAUGCAGACGAUGAUAGCGAUGAUGGACGACCCGGCAAGAGAAGCUGUACUAUGAAAGGCGCUCCCUCGCCCCAACCAUCCCCUACCCUGAUAGAAUGUCCUGAGCCAGGAUGUGGAAAGAAAUACAAGCACAUUAAUGGUCUGCGGUAUCACCAGACGCAUGCGCACUUGGAUAAGAUUGCCCCAGAUGAGAGUAACAACUCAGACGAUCGCUCGACGACCACUCCUUCUCCGGAAGACGACUUCAAAGAGCCUGGUUCAGCUCGGACCCUUACCCGGGGACGUGGCGGGGGGAUGGCGACACGGAACCGUAGCGUAUCUCCCGGGGUAUCGGAUACUAGCGCUAUCAAGGAGGAGAGCAACUCGAAAAGCAAUCGGAAAACAAAGGGACUUGUUACAGAGGAUAAAGUAAAGACCGAAUCAGCGGAGAAUAAGAUAGAGCAAACUGAGAAAGUUGAGCCUGAGAGACCUGUUCAAGUUAAGAAAGAAGUAGGCGAAGACGAGCGAUCAAGCUUGGCAGUUGAGCAACAGGAGGACACUAGAAUCAAGGAGGAACCUGUUGCGCAGGGAAAUUACAACAUUAAACAUAGCGAAGAGGAAGGAGAGUUUGUUGAAGUAGCGGAUAAGUCAACUGAUACACGCAUGAUGAACCAGUCGCAGGAGCCAGCACUAACCCCGGUCACGCAGUCCCUUAAGGUGGAUUCCCCCAUGGAAGUGGUACCCACCCAACAGGUACCAGAGGCGGCUACCGAGCAGGAAGUAUGGGAGACUGUUGUCGAUAGUGGACACAGUGGUGAGCUAAAUUUCGGGGGCAAGGAGACGGUCAGCAUUGAAGAGAUGAUGGGUGGGGACCAGGAGGGAGGGGACACGGUGCUGGUGGAAGGGGGGAAGGCGGCGGACGUGAGGGGUGUGGUGUCUAAAGAUGAGAGGAGGCAGAUUGUCCUGCCAGCGGGAAGCAUGAAUCAACUUGGCAUUGAGGUAGAGGACAUCAGCGAGAACGAGGAGGAUAUAGACCCUGGCAAGGAAGAUAUUGACUAUGAUGGCGAUGACGAAGUGAACAGGGCUCUAGAUGGUUUACAAAAAUCAACUUUCCAUUACAACAAAACAUCGGACAAACAAGCGAUUUCUUCCCUAAAGGACCCAAAUCUGAUUUCCUCGAUAACUGCAGCUAAAGAUCUCAUGGACAACGUUAUUACCUCAGAAGAUGGAAUAACGGCAAAGUCGGUGAUCCUGGAAACUGGGAACAUGGAAGGGACUUCAAACAUCGAGGAAUGUACGGAGCGAACUAAUUACAUGGCGAGUUUAGGAUUAAGACCUGAGAAAGAACACCCUGAUGUUGCUAUGGGGACGUCAACUGAUUCGGAACCAAUGAAGGAAGGGGAUACUGGUGCGAAAACAAGUCUUAGCAUGUUAAGUCUAGUAUCAAAAAGUUUGACGGCAAGUAGGAGUGAACCGCCUUUGAUAAAUACAGACGCUCCAUCCAUGCGCUUUAAAUACUUCACCUGCCGUAGUUACGGUGAUCAGACUUACACAUUGUCAACAUCUAAUCUUACAUCCACGAGCGCGAGCUCUGCAACCACUACGCUAUCACUCAUACGCAACCCCGAGACUCUAAAGCAAGAACAUGCCAAGGGAUACGCGAGUGUACACUCCAAGGAUAUGCCACCUAUUGUCCGAGAGGAACGCCAAAACACGGGCACUUCAAAUGUCGGGCCUAACUACACGAGAUCAAGCACCCAGGCCGAGUGUAUGAUCUCGUCCAUUCAUAAACACGGACCUAAGGAGGCUUUUAAAGAGGAGAGUAUUGAAGGAUCUAGAAACAUGAGUACCAGCGGGUCCGUUAUCAUGUCGUCGGACAGGUUCCCUACCCAUUCCGCACAGGCCAAGUGCACUGCAAAUACCUCAAUGUCGUAUAGCUCACCUAAAAGCUCCAUCGCGGUCACGUCAAUGAAGCGUGCAACAGGGCUCUGUUCAUCCGAGCGGAUCAAUGUCAACGAAAGCUUAUCAAAGAAACCUGGUUUGGACUCAAGUGAAGUUAAUGGAACUAGCGAGGAACUUACAGGAGGUAACUCUGAGAAAACCGGAAAUGACGCAAGGGACGAUGACAAACUUCGCGUGUUGCCUAGGCAACCUCCAACCUUGAUCCCCAAGCACAGCCGACUGGCCGCACCCUCUCUUCCGGUGGGUGUGGCUCACCCCUAUCACAGGGGGUCCCAGUUCAGCACGGUGUCUACCUCUGCUGCCAGUACAUCAGGCCUUUCUGUCACGUCCCCUCCCGGCCUUUCUCGAGAUUCAGUCCCACCAAAAUCUCUAACCCCCGACCCUGAGGGCAAGCCCCUUGGUCUUAAGAAGCCACGGGCGGAAAAGGCGCAGGUGAUACCUGUAGGCGAGGUCGGUCCAGUCGCUGUCAAGAGGAGUCAGAUACCCGCUAUACACGUUGGACUACCGUCUGUGGUACCAGUCGGGGCACCAGGACUCAAGGGACAAGCAUCCCUUCACGCUAGUGUUAGGCAAGGGCUAAAGGACGAACGAUCAACGACGCCUCUCGGGCUCAGCAGAAAAGCAGCUAGUCCCAGAGCUCUCUCAUUAAGCCCCAAGCCCAUCUCAACUAGUCCUAGGCCUCCAGCUCUCUCCUCUUCUCGGCAAGCGACCACUGAAAUGAGCUCUUCCAAGAUCGUCCUACCUGUUGCAGAGCAUGCGUCCAAGUGUAAAACCGCUGAGAGGGAUGACAGCUCGGAAGAAUCGAACGUGGUGAUACUGAAGGAGGAUAAGGAGAAAUCAAGAGAGGGCAAGUCUGGCAGUGAAAGCGACCGGUCUGCAGAACGGAGCCCUUACGCUAACUCGCAAGACAAGGUCUCAGCAGAGCAGCUAAAGAUAUUCCAGUUGCAACAGCAGCAGCGACAGCUUUAUCAACAGCUCGCGCAAAGUGGGCCUACACAGAUGGCCUUGGCGCUAGGAUACGACCCAUGGGCGCUCAGGAUGAUGGAGCAACAACAGCAAAUGAACCAGGCAGAAGAGGGAAGAGAGCUUCUAAAGGAUAAGAGAGAUGAGCCACAACGACAACGCCCAGAGAAAUCCGACUCGCACAGCAGCGGCGAACGCUACACUAUCGAGCAUCGCGGUACCGACCCAGUCCCUCCUCCCCGCUCAGACCUUACGCGACACCAGUCAGACCCCUCCCUCUCACGUGACACAUCCCGACCAUCCCCCUCUCGGGACAUGACUCGCAGCUCCGAAACCAUUCCCCGGCUGACAUCAGCUGAGGAAAUUCUUGGAAGGGCAUCACAGCGAAUCGACGAGGCGUCUACACGAGCGAUCCAGAAAGUCGUAGAAGGUUCUGGAAGGGGUGGGUCCAAGGGGGAUGAGCCCCCGGAAAAGAGGCUGCGGGCGGAUACUGGUAGGGCGGAGGAGUUGAGCGAGCGGGAGCUGCAGAGGCAGAAGUACCGACAGCAGGAGGAGUACCUCUCCAAGCAGAUGUUGCAGCAGAAAAUCUCGAUGUUCAAGAUGGACAGCGAGCAGCAGAAGCGCCAGCAAGGCCUGACGGGAUUACGCUCUGAAUCCAAGGACAAGGGAAGAGACGAGGACGACUUUCCGAGAGCAAAAUCGCCACUGGAAAACCACUACGGGGAUCGAUCCAGGGGCCAGGACUUAAGUCGAAACAGCAAAACCUCACACCACAGCGAACCCGACUCUAGACCCGAAUUAUCUCAUAAGCACUCUGCGCGGACCACGUGGUCAUCGCGAUCACCUGUCACGGGCCGUCACGUGGACAGUGCUGCUGACGAGCGUGCGUACUCUCACCUUCCGUCCUACCUCCAGUCAGCUCGCCUUUCAUCUAAACAAAUGCUGGGACAGAUGAACUUUGACCCUGCUACAGGCGCUCCAUUGCUACCCAUGCUGCACCCCUCCAUGCUGAUGCCACACCCUCUCGCCAUGCCAGGCCUUAUGAUGAGCAUGUCUUCCGGGAUGAUCUCCGGCAGCAACACCUCCACGACUACCACCGCGACGUCCUCCCGAUCGCGCGACCCGGACUCCUCCCCUUACCGCACCCCUUCCGACCGCUCAAGCCCCCUUACCGUCGGAGGACGCUCCUCAAGACCUCGAAGUCCACCUAGGUUGAUGGAGCCACGCCCUAGGAGCCCUGUUAGGUCUUCAAGCCCAAGUGGGGUGAGACGUGAAUACAAGGGAAGUGAUAGGUCACCGGUAGUCUCUGUUGCGUCCAGGAGCAUCUAUCGAGCAAACGAAAGAGUAUCGAGCCCUUCGUAUGUUAGGGCCACCACGAGUUCGCCGUCAGUUGUAUCGAAAGGGUUCAGAACAAGCCCUACGUCACAGCUCCACAAAGUUAACGAGAGAAUCCCGACAAGCUCGCCAUCAACAAAGAUGUACAAAUCCGCAAGCCCAGCCUCGACACCACACAGAUUGACAGAUAGGAGGGACCAAGAGGGACAGGGAUCGAGAGGUGCCGGGAUCCACACGGAAGCACCGAAACACAAACCGCAGGACAGGCCCCGUGAGGAAGUUCCCCCUCAAUCCAGGGGCAGUAUCAUCACGUCCAAUUUGGCUGUGAGGAGGGGGGACGUGACCAGGGGGGUCAUGACGGGGGAGGAGAUCCUGAGACACCAGCAGCAUAGCGAGGAGGAGCGCAUGCGCCAUCAGUACAUGAUGUACCGACUAUUGGAGCAACAACAGCAAGAGGCUUACGCAAUGCAACACAGUUCGCGUGCCGACCAGUACUAUGGAAAAAGACAAUGAGAUGUCCCUAGAAGACAAAAUUAAACAUCCCAACUUCAAUCAAGAACGAACUCUACACGCGUCAGCCUUUUCGCGCGCUUUUAGAUUUUGGCGGGAAAUAACUUGACGUCUGCGCGCAUCUAAAAACAUCAAAGCUGUUCAUCUAUUCUUCAAAAAGCAUACUUUCAAGGACAGAUUUCCUUGUAAAUAUUUCUUUUUUUCUAAAAUGCAUUUUCUAUUACUGCAAAGAUUUACAAAAAUUUUGAUUUAAUUAACAGAGAAUAUUUUUAUUGGUAAAAAAAGAUUAUUUUGUGCUUUCAAAUUGUCAACAAUAUGUGAAUAAAAAUUAAAAUGCGA